ACGAGCCGAACUGGGCGUCAGGUCGGGGAGCCGGUCGGGUUCCCGCUCGCAGCCGCCGCCGCCGCCGCCCCCCGCAGCGCCUCUCCCGCCUCUCCGCCGCGCCGGCCGCGGGAGCUGCAUCGCCCACUCUGCUUAGCCGUGUAGCCGCCAGUCCGCGAGCACCUAGCCCGGGGCACGACACGCCGAGCCCCCCGUCACCUCCUGCCGGGGCGACCCCUCCCGGGUCCCCCCCUCGCCCUGCGCGGUCGCCGGAGCCCCCGGCCGCGAGCGGCCCCACGGCGGCGGCCGGGCCCCUGCACUCCCGCAGCCGCCGCCCCCCACCCGGAACAUGGACUCCGACUCCUGCGCCGCCGCCUUCCACCCGGAGGAAUACUCCCCUAGUUGCAAGAGGCGCAGGACAGUAGAGGACUUCAACAAGUUCUGCACCUUUGUCUUGGCCUAUGCUGGAUACAUCCCUUACCCAAAGGAGGAGCUCCCUCUGAGGAGCAGCCCCAGCCCUGCCAAUAGCACUGCUGGCACCAUUGACAGUGAUGGCUGGGACACUGGUUUCACCGACAUUGCGUCCUCUGUGCCCUUGCCCGUGUCUGACCGCUGCUUCAGCCACCUGCAGCCCACCCUCUUGCAGCGAGCCAAGCCCAGUAACUUCUUGCUGGACAGAAAGAAAACGGACAAGCUGAAGAAGAAGAAGAAGAGAAAGCGAAGGGACAGUGAUGUGCCUGUGAAGGAGGGGUACAGAGGGGGUCUGCUGAAGCUGGAAGCUGCAGAUCCGUAUGUGGAGUCCCCCACGAGUCCUGCCCUGCAGGAUAUCCCCCAGGCCCCCAGUGACCCCUGCUCAGGCUGGGACUCCGACACUCCCUCCAGUGGAUCUUGUACCACCGUGUCACCUGAUCAGGUCAAAGAAAUAAAAACUGAGGGCAAACGGACUAUAGUCCGGCAGGGAAAGCAGGUGGUGUUCCGAGAUGAGGACAGCACCGGCAAUGAUGAGGACAUCAUGGUGGAUUCAGAUGAUGAUUCCUGGGACCUUGUCACCUGCUUCUGCAUGAAGCCAUUUGCUGGCCGCCCUAUGAUAGAGUGUAACGAGUGCCACACCUGGAUUCAUCUGUCCUGUGCGAAAAUCCGGAAGUCCAAUGUUCCGGAAGUGUUUGUCUGCCAAAAGUGCCGGGACUCCAAGUUUGACAUCCGCCGUUCCAACCGUUCCCGAAUGGGUUCCCGGAAGCUGUUCCUAGACUGACUGCGCUGGCGAGGAGACUCCGGGCGAGGGACUGGAAGGGAUUGGAGCUCUGUGGCCCUCCCUCAGUUGAGCACAGCACUCCCAGCUCUGGUACAGGCAGAUCCUGCCAUUCAGGUGCCUAAGCAAAAGGACAGGCUGUCCGAGGUAGAAACUGUACAUAGCCAGUGAGCGAAUAAAAUCUUUGUUGGCCAAAGCUGCUGCCAGAGCUGUGUUCUCUGCAGUGGAAGUGGACUGAACACCCAAGAAUGGUGGGUUUGGUUCAGCUGAAAGUGAGGGUAUGUGGUGGUUGUGAAUUUUUGCUAUCAUUGUUAACAAAUUCCCCCUGUUUGGAACAAGUGCUAGCUGUUAUUCCUGCUUCCACUGUUGGGGAGCGGAGAUGUUCAGUUUCCCCGGCCUGUAAACAGCCAUAAGUGUACGUUUUUUCUCGAGUGUCAGUCUCUCACCGUAAGUGUCUGUACAGCAGCCAUCCAAGUCUCCCCUUCUCGUGGCCUGCACUACCUGCUUCCGUGGUCCCUGCCAGUCCAGGGAGCUGCUGCUGGCAACUUCUGAUGUCACCAAGAGGAGUCCUGGGGUGUCAGGUGAACUUGUAAUUCUUUGGUUUUCCCUAUUUGUUAAAGGGACUGUAUGUGGCCACUGCUCUGUGGAAAGGGUUGGUUGGGGGGUGAGGUAGCCCACGUUCAUAACUCAAGUUUCCUGUUUUGCACGAUGUGAAAAACCUGUCUUUGCACGACUCAGCCAAAAGUAUGGCCGAUUUCUCACCUGGUGCCCUUCCUUUCUCUCCAGUUGGUGUGUACAAGGCGCCUCAGGUGGCCCAGGCAAGCUGUUUUCAAGUAUGGGAGUGCUUAGGUUCUCUCAUCUCUUCCCCUUAUUCCAGUAGCAACCUAAGGAUUAGGCAGUCCCUAGGACAUGAAUGGUGUUCCUUUAAACAACGGGGUACAGAAAAACAGGUCUCUCCUGUGGGGGAUUGAAGUAUGCCCUUAGAGACUGGCUGGCCUGCUGGUUCCACCAGGGCAAGGUGACUUGAAUCCUUUUGGUUUGCAUUGACGAGUGAGUGGUACAGCAACACUGGCCUUCAGAAAUAUACUGUUGAACUGUGAGGUGUUCCUCAGAUCCCAGCUGGGGUCCUGGACUGGGGAGGCCCCUUUGAGGGCCAGGUCUGGAGAAGCCAGGUGUUUGGCCUGAAGCCCUUGCAGAUUCUGCUCAAGGGCAGUGUACCCAGUACACUGGUGGUUCUGGGGCUCAAAGGGAGAAGACAGCUAUGAAAGUUUUCUCUGAAGUUGACCUUAUUCUUCAGUUCAAGUACAUGUUAUCAAGAAUGUUUUGUAAAGUGGUGGGUAUGUUCUCAUAAGCAUUGUUUUUUGUAAGGCAUGAAAAGGGAAGAAUGCCCAAGUUAGUCGUAUUUAUUUGCAUAUUAUUUGAAGCAGGAUGGGCCCACAGGCUCCUGAUGGGAGCUUCCCCUCCCUGUGGCACCUUUGUGCCAGGGCUACCAGUCGUUCCCCAGGUUCUCACUGAAGCACCAAGGGGUUGAACUGCAAUUUGGCUAACCAGAGCCUGUGUUUUUGUUUUGUUUUGUUUUGUUUUUUGGUCCUAAUACCCUUCACACUUGUCCAGUCCACUGUCUUAGUUUUUAAUAGUCCUAUUGCUUAUAUCAAUGUGUGAAAGUAGAAAUGGCUUCUGAAACUCCGUUUACUGUGGAGAUCCCAAGGGAGAGUUCUGCUGCAGAGAAAUAGCUGGUUGAGAAACAACCUUGUCCACAGGCUAUUGUCUGACUGGGGCAAACAUCCAGGACAAGUUGGGGAGGAAUUUGCCAAAGAUCUGCCCCAUGACCAUGCCUGUCCACUGUCUUCACCAUGAGAAUAACCAAAGUUCCAAAGUGUCUGUUUCUUUUUUAAAAAAAAGUUCAAGAUUUUUUAAAAGUGCAUUUAAGAAUAUGUGUGGUUUUAGACUGGAACUGCCAACCCUGGUGAUGGUUAAUGUGUGCUAGAGGGUUUGAUGCUUCUGGAACGUGUUUGACACUCAUCUCAAUUUUUGUUUCCUUGAUUUUGUUUUUGUUCUUUUAACAGAUCUAUCCCUGUUGGUGGUGUCUUGAGAUGGCAGGCACACACCUUGGUUUGGGGGAUAGAUUGAGCUGGGCAGCUGCAAUCAGCUUCUUUAUGCAAAUUAGGCAUGACCUAUCUAGGGGCUUCUGGUUGAUAACUAAUGAAGUGAGGGGAGGGAAAGAUGUCACCCCCAAAGUAGGCCCCUCAUGGGCUUUGGCCAGGCCAGACACUUAACAUCGUUUACAUGGUUCUGUGUAAUUAUAAAGUUUAUGUGUAUAAAGCAAGCUGUUUCUGUGAAACUGUAUAUUUUGUAAAUAAAGAUAUUGCUACUUUG